AUGAUGAACUUUGUUAGGAGAUCUAUUCAAACAAAUAGUAGUUUUAUUAGUGCAAGUCCUUAUGGUAACAAUUCUAGAAGCAAUGCAUCAAAUACACAAAUAGUUUUAUUUCUACACGGUCUGUUUGGUUCAAACGAGAAUUGGAGGAUAUCAAAUCGUUUAUUAGAGUCACGUGCAAAAGAAUCGAAAUAUAAUAACUUAGAGUUAUAUUCAUUAGAUUUAAGAAAUCAUGGAAACUCUAUGCAUGCGUCUACGAUGAAGUUAGACGAUUUAGUUGAUGAUCUAACAGUUUUUCUUCGGGAGAACGAUAUAUUGAAGAGAAAAUACAAUGAGAAUGCAUCGUUGGUGUUGGUUGGUCAUUCGCUCGGUGGUAAGGUUUCUAUGCUCUACAGUCUGAGACACAAGAACGAUGUCGAUGGUUUGGUUUGUGUAGACGUUGCACCCACUUCCUACGUUGGAAUACACAAUCACAAUUCAAAGUUUGAGGCGAUGCUCCAAGCAACCGAGAUAUUCAACAAAAGCGACACAACAAAAUCAAAGAUCGAACAAGUAUUGGAGUCAUACAACUUGGAUAAAGGUAACAGAUUAUAUCUAUUAAAUAAUUUAAUAGAGAAUAAAGAACCAGAAAACAGCAAAUUUAAGUGGAGAGUUAAUUUAAAAACAUUAUACGAGAAUCAAGAUGAAAUGUUAGGAUUCCCAACAGAUAAAAAGAUUGCAGAGAAAUAUAAUUAUAAUUUAUUGUUAGAUGAGCAUUGUGGUGGUGGUGUUGAUGUAGCUGGAAUGGCAACAUCGAUGCUACUACCAACAACACCCAAAUUUGAGAAAGAUGUAUUGUUUAUAGGUGGUCAAGAUAGCCACUACCUAAAAGAACCACACAAUACUACCAUUUCGAAUUACUUUCCAAAACAUCUUGUAGAAUUAAUUCCUGGUGGUCAUUUUGCUCAUGUUCAACAUGCUCGUACUUUCACAGACCAUCUCUUAGCUUAUUUAAAUAAGUGUGGUAAUUUUUUCUUUAAAAAACCAAAUAGAAUAGUAAUAACAAAUAAUAUUAAAACAACAAUGAGUUCAAAUGAAACAAAGUUAUUGAAACCUCAACAACGUUCUUGUGAGAAUGGAGUAGAUGUUUAUACAUUUUCAUCGGAGGAGACUACUACCUAUGUUUUCAAAGAUGGAAAAGUUGUGAAUCAAAAGGAUUGUAAGGACUUGAAGGAUUGCAAGAACACAAAGGUGGAUUUAGAGAAAGACAAUGAUCAAAAGAUGGAGUCAAAGGAUGAUUGUAUCUUGAAGGAUGAAAUGUUAAAAGAAAAAGAGGAGUUGGACAUGAAAGAAGAUAAUCUUGAGAAUAAAAAUAAUGAAGGAAAGAAGAAGAAUAAAAAGAAGAACAAGAAGAACAAACAACAACAGCAACAACAACAAGAUCCAAAUCUUAAAUCAAUUCAUGUAAAUCCAGAGGCAGGAAAAGAACAAUUCUUUACUGGAAUGCAAAAGUUCGUUCAUGGUGAAUAA